AUGAGUACGCCCGGCCAGCCAGUACGGAAACGGCAGAACAGGACCAACAUCACACGGAGCAGAACGGGAUGCCACACCUGCCGGCGACGACGUGUCAAGUGCGAUGAGGGAAAACCUUCCUGUAGGGCGUGCAUCCGCCUCGAUCUGACCUGUGAUGGCUACGGCAGUGUUGUCAGGUACAGAUUCGCGGAGCCCAGAGUGCUGCAGCCGGCCCCACAGUCCUCCGAUACGGCAGCAGCAAGGAAAUCAGUAGCCCAGGGAAUUGAUACAACCAAUGCAGUCCCAUCGGAACGUGCAUCUACCGAGGGAGAGCGCCGAGUAAGCGGCGUCUCGCCAGCAAACGAUGGCGACAACAGGUCAUACAAUGGAUCGGAUUGGUCCAGAGGCUCUGGCCCCUCUCCCAUGUAUAGCACUCCGGCCAGUCGUUCGAUGAGUGGUGAUGGAGAUUUCAAGACACCGCUUUCCGAUCACACGAUAGAGGGCAGCUCUGCCCGAAUGGACGAGUAUUACUUUACGCAGUGGGCCACGUGUGUCAGUCGAAUGUUUCCACCGGUUUUCUCGGAACUGUAUAGUAAUAUGCCCGAGUUCAUGCCUCUCCGACAUGCUAUUCUAGCCCUAGCAGCAUCGCAUCUUGCGCAUACCGAGUCUCACAGAACCCCUGGCGAGGCCGAUCAGAUCUCGAUGUACAUACCCAACCGCAAUCAUCGGUACCAAAGUCUUCAGUACUACGGCAAAGGGGUUGCAGAGCUGGCGCAAUAUGUCGGCGUGGCUUCGAGUGAGACACUGUGUCAUCAGGUUGCCACAUCUAUUCUCUUCCAUCACCAUGAAAUGAAUACAGGCUCGUUGUCCGGAGCUGUUGAUCACCUCGAGAAUUUAUGCCGACUGCAUGGCUCUCCUGAAACCGGAAGGCAGCUUGAAUCGUCUAGGCUGGGCCAAAAAUUACUGAUAGCCUGGCGGGGCGUCCAUUCCCUAAUUCUCAACAAACAAGGGACCGUUGGGUCCGGCCGAGUGAGAUCCCUUUCGGCUUUGACGCCCAACUUCUUGAAGCCUGCGGUAUCCGAUUUGGCAACGUCGUAUGAGUCGAUUGCGCAACUGGUUGUUGAAGCAUUCAUGACAACGAGAACUGUGAUCAUCGACUGGUUUAUAUGUCGUGCUCAGUGUCUGACCACACCAGAACAGCGUCACGCUGCCUUUGGCGGCCUCCUCCAGCAACUCAACUUACCAGACGCAAGGGAGUGCUCAAGUCUUCAAUUAGCGGAAGCAGACGACUCGUACAGGAGGACCCUUGAGUCCCAGCGUGCUAAGCUUGAUGCUUGGCAUUCCAAGCUCGACAUGUCGGAACUUCCAAUAGAAUCAUUCACUUCCACUUCCAUCGACCCGAUCAGAGAGACGGACGGCAAGCUGGAGGUUGAGCCUCUCAGAUUCCGAUCGUACGAGGCAGCUAUGACCUAUGCGUACUAUGCCGCUGCUCAAUUUUCAAGCGCAUCGAGAACAUUUGACCGAAUGGCGGACCUCACAACUCCUAACCUCAGCUCCGGCUUCUCGCGCGAGAAAUAUCCAUGGGAGAGCGUAAUUCUUCGCAUCGCAAGCGGUCUGAACCCGAACGACUGCCUGUACAAGCAUACCUUUCAAAUCGGGAUCAUCUCAUUCUUGAUCAUCUGUGCAACCUCGUGUCCGCACGUUUCAGUGGUGAACUGGAUCAACGCGUGGGUUGAACGAUUGGAGGACCACGGGAUGGCAGUUGAGGAUGGUAUGCCCUUGACAUUAAUCAAGCGGUUACUGCGACUGGUCACGAUGAUGAAAAGAAGCGGACAUGAUAUCUACCGGCUGUCGAUGGUCGACAGUGAUAUCAGGGAAAAAUGGGAUUUUUAUCGCACCGACAAGCCUUUUCUGAUGGCGAUCUGUGGCAAAGAUAGGCUGAAGGGGAUUCUUUAUAAUAACGUGGUCAGUUUGCCGGCCUAA